GGCUAUUUACUUUCUUAGGAAAAAGAGAACGAAGCUCUGAAGCUACGAAUGAAUGCUUCCCACCAGAACAAUGCUCUAGAACAUGAAAAACUUGUUGCUGCACUGGAAAUUUGUAAGAAAACCCAUGUUCAAACUGACUGGCAGAAGUUGCAAGAGGAUCUGGCAUCUGCAAAAGAUAUUAUUCAACACUCUGAAAACCAAAAGGCUGAACUGGAAGCAAGAAUUUUAGCUCUUGAAACAGACAUCGAUUCAAGGGUAUGAAAAAAUAUUUGAUGCAUGAAGAUGUUGAAGUUUUUUCAGAAAGUGACCAUGCAAUGUGAUGUCAUGCUACAUGUCAUGCCAUAGUGAGGAUAAUUUGGAUAUUAAAAAAUUGUCAAAUAUCUCAAGAAUUUGGCAAGUGUAGAGAAUUUGGCAAAGUAUCUUAUUUGGUCAUUUUGAAUUUCCUUUGCAAUGCAAUCAUAAAAUAAUGGUGUGAAAUUUCAUUGCAUAAGCACCUAAAAUGACUAAUAAUAUUCCGGUGGAAUACAUGUAGUGGCCUGAAUGACAAUGUAUAAAAUAUGAUGACUAUUUAGCUCCUAAUUAUGAGUGGCUUAGUUGAUUUUGUGUUUCAGUAUCAACACCAGUAUUCAUUUUACAAUUGGUUUCACUAAAAUUUGACUCCUAAUGUUUUUUAAAUUUUUUUUCGUAAUUCCAAAUUUUGCUGCAAAUUCAAAAUUUAGAAAGAAAAUGAAGCCAAACUAGCACAACAAGCAGCCGAAGCCAAUGAUCGAGUCAAGAACUUUGAUGCUGUUAAAAACAGUCUGACGCAACAACUCAUGGAAACAGUGAAGUCAAAAAGUGACAGCGAGCAGAGACUGGACAUGGCAAAGAAAGAAACUGACUCAGCACACACAGAGAAAUCCAAUGCCGUUCAGAAAGCUGGGGCAUUGCAAUCUCAACUGGACGAGGAGAGAUCGAAGAAAUCUGAAAUGGAGAAAAUGUUUAAGGCUUUGGAACUGAAGUUGAAAGAUACGUCUGAUAAACAUGUGCAAGAGAAAGAGGUAAAGUAUAUAGGUACUGAUUCUGUCUUUGCUCAAAAUGUCAAAGUCUUUUUCAUGUUGAUGAGUAUCAAAACAGUGGUGGACACUUUGCGAAAUAUUGGGUGGGGGGAUGGAAAUUAGGUUGCUAGCAUAGGACAAUUUAUUGUGUCCAACAUCAGACAAUUUUACUCGUCGAAGGAAUAGUGCUGGUACUCGAUAGUUAAGAACCACAUUCGUUGGAAAGUUUGUUGCUGAAAUUACUUCACCUGACUUGGUAGUUUCAUUGUGUUUAGUGAAGGCCAAUAGAUGACCUGUGUAUAUGUGUUAAGUAAGUAAUUUUCUACUAUUUGAUUUACAGAUGCUUGUUCAACAGUUAGAGUCAGCUAGCGGAAAGAAAGAUGAUACACAAAUAGCGGAAUUCCAGGUAGGAUGAUCUUGAGUAACUUACAAUAUGCAAUACCAUACAUCACAAACAGUUAAUUUUAGUGAUUUCUCGAAUUAAUUAAUUAACAGCAAUUCACAAAGGGAAAAUCAAAACACAAAGAAAAUCCUAUGAAGAUGCAUUGAAAAAAACUGAAAACAAGUUGUGAAUUUUUAUGGGCCAUUUAUCUUUUCAGAAACAGUCAGAGGAUACAUCAAGACAGCUGGACGAACUGAAGGCCAAACUUGCACAGGCUGAAGAGGAUCAUGGGAAAACAAAGCAAUCCCUCACGAGCCGAGAAGAACAAUUGAGCAGACAUGAAGGAGAGAUAAGCAAUCUGAAAGGCUUGAAUUGCAGCAAGGACGAAGAGCUUGAAUUAUUGAGAAAAACUGUGAGCCAACACGAGAACGAGAUUGUCGUGAUGAAAAAUAACAUGUCUCAAGAGCUUCAGUCUGCACCACCUGAAGUUGACGAUGCCAAGUAAGUAGAGUCCUUAAAGUAACGACCUACCAAAAGCAGCAGUGGGUCUACUGUGGGGUACAGAGGUUGCGCGCUGCACCCCACCUAGUGUGUAAAAAUAUCUGACGCUGGUUGUUCAAAAGCUGGUUAGCUUAGUCCUAGGUUAACAGAAAUCUCAAAGCAAACUUCCCAACAGCCUGUUUAGAAACAUGAAGAUAGUUUUCCAGAAUUCAUGUCUGCAUCAAUAGAAAUUUUAUUUAAACAGAGGUGCGUUUAAUUAAUGAAAUAAACAGAAGUGCAAACGUACCCAAACCGAAACAGCGGGUUAAAUUUUAACCCAUGGUUAACCGCACUUAUUAUUAGCAUGACAAAAUUACUGGAUGCUGAUUGGUUGAGAGGAGUACAAUUAUUUCAUUAAUUGUACUGCAGUACAAUUAAUGAUUUUCCCAAAACAAACAAAAUGGUGGAAACAUAUUUUGAACACAAAUGUGAAAUGAAAUUGCCCUUGAGGAACUAGAUGAAAAUACAAACAAAAGCGCCAAAUUUUGCUUGAACAAAAGAACUAAAUGAAAAUACGAACAAAAGUACCAAAUUUUAGUUGAAAAUCUGGCAGGACUGGGCUUUGGCGAGAGAAUAUGAUGCUGACGGAGAAGUAUCCAAUUUUGUCAUAUGCUAAUAAUAAACAAGUAAUCAUUCGAUGUUGGCAAAAUUUCCAAUUUCCCUGCUGAGUUCAACAUCAGAACUACCAGAAUUUGAAUCAUAGUGUAUUUUUUUAGGGUAAAAGGUUUGGAGGAAGAAAUUGAAAAACUUAAUGGUCAACUGGAUGAGAAAAAAGAGCAAAUAGCUACCUGGGAGAAGUCGAUUGAAACUAUGAAGGCCAAGAACAAUGUAUGUGUUUGAACCGUUUCUCUUAUAUUAUAUACAUGUUUCUAAAAACUCUGUUUGCAGGAUAGAUAGGUGUCUUGAUCUGGCAAUGAAAGUGUUCCUAAAAUAUUCUACCUACUUGCUCACACAAACCAAUCUAUUUGAGACAUUUGACCAAUUACAGUGAAAAUACAAAAAGUGUCCCACUUCCGCUUCUGUAGUUUGUUGUGAUUUACUGUAAUUUGUUCUGUUUUUCUGUAGCGAUUACCGAUUUAUCGGCAAAUACUGUUAAAAAAUUUAAAUUUCAUUCCUUUUAUGCAAUGAAACUAACGAAAAAUGUAUUAUUUCCCUUUGCUACAAAUUAUCAUAUUUAAAAAUAGAAAAAACUAAGUUUUAUCGCGGUAUUUGCCGAUAAAUCGGUAAUCGCUACAGAAAAACAGAACUAAUUACAGUAAAUCACAACAAACUACAGAAGCGGAAGUGGGACACUUUUUGUAUUUUCACUGUAAUUACAGUGAGCAACUUCCUGUAUUUCUGCAUAUGAUGAUAGCUAGACAUACUGAUAGUGGUGAAUUUCAAAUGUAUUGAUUUUUUUUUUUUGGGGGGGGGGAGGGGCAACAAAUGAUUCUAAAUAUUUCCAAUUUCAUGUAUUUUCCACCAAACACAAGAUUGGUACAUGCAAUGAUUAAUGAUAACUAAACUGGAAUCAUAUUUAUUCCCAGGAGUUGCGAGAGAAGAACUGGAAGGCGAUGGAUGCGCUGUCUGCUGCAGAAAAACAACACAAGGUUGAAACUGGCAAAGCAGUUGCUUCAGUCAAGGUAAAUUACAUCAGUGUGGUUUACUUUUGACUACCACUACAAAUACCUUUCACUAACUUACUACGCAUGUGAUUGGUUAAUCGGGUAAGUCAAAUGCAUCUGAUUGGUUAACGGUCCCUAGUGGAAGUCAAAUGUAAAUCUGACUAGGGUAGGAGAUGGAUCAUUUUUGUGUUGUUGAAUAUUCUUCAAAACGAACAACGCUCAUAUGUCAGCGUUUUAACUCUGAUAUCAAUAUUUCUGUAGGAAGAAAAUAAAAAGAACCUUCAAGAUUUGCAUACAGACAUAAAGGUACGUGCAUUACUAAAGUGGUCUCUAUUUUUAUGUAUUUUAUCUUAUUAUAUAUUCAACGUUAUUUUCAGGAAUUUUUGUGUCGAAUUCAUCCUACUUUAUCUAUCGACAAAGACUUGGUAAGAAUCGCAUUUCGGUUGCCGUUUAUUAAUCCAAUAUGAAUAUUGUUGACCUCAUAUUCAUUAAGGAAACAGUAUUCUCAAAUCUCAAUAGGAAUGAUGUUGCAUUUACAUUCACAUGUACUACUCUUUCAUUUUGCAGUCGUACGAGGACUUUUUAAAGAAAUAUGAAAAUGAGACAGAAGAAUUGGGAUGUAGGUCACCCAAGUCUGAAUCAAAUGAUUCAAAGGUAUUUUAACUUGAUUAAAUUGUAACUGCAUAUCUUCUAAAAAUGUUGCCGCUUUUUUUGGAACGGCCAUUCGUUGCAAUUUUCCGUUUGAAAUUGAUUCUUUAGAUUGAAGAAUUGGAGGAAGAAUUAAAGAAAUAUAUAAAACAGAAUGAAGAAGUAACGUCACAAUGUGCAGAAUACAAAACUAAUUUAGAUAGCAAGGUGGGUGAUGAACUGAAUCUAGUUUUGUAAUAGCCUGCGUGCAGGCCCAAGGGAACUUGAUAGUGGGCCUGCAACCAUCACCCCAUGUUUUCGAUUUUCGCCGGCCGAACCGCCGGCUAGAUUCCCAUUGGCUAGCUGAGGCGAUCGGUAAUUAAUUAACCUAGCCCAUUGUGCAGGCACAAGGGAACAGUGAUUCAUCACAAAGGCAUAGACAAAGGCUCUCGAUAAGCUUAAAAUUUGAAAAUUGAUCACUUUUUUCGAUUACAAAUGGAACAAGAAGAGACUGUUUAUUGUUUACUUGAAGGAAGACAUGUUUUUGCCGUUAUGCCAAUGGGGAUUGCUUGUCGUGAGGUGUUGGAAUAGCAACAUUACGACUGGGGUAAACUAUAGUAACCUUUACUUGAGUUUCAUUAAUUUCAAACAGACUUCAGUUGAUACGUUAUGUGUUCUCACUUCCUCAAGAAAAUUAUCUUUUGGUUGAUGUUGAGAUGCAGUUGCAUGUAAGAACUGUAAGCCUAUUCGAAACACUUUGCGAUUUACAAGGCUUCGCAGAGAGCGAAACAGAAGGCGGUAUUAAAUUGCCGUUUGAAACGAAACGAUCUGGACUCGGAACGCUCUCUUCUUUUGUAGAGUUCUUUACCAAAUGAAAUAAAUUUCGUACCUUCCGCCGCCAACAAGAAUUGCACACACGAUCUGAUAAGUGAGACAAUUUAUUUAUAACAAUGCCAAUGGCGACAGCGAAGCACACAUAAUAUAAAUCCUAAUGUGGUCGCCCGACUUCCCUCAUGAUUUGAAGUUUGAGACUGGUUUUCUGUUGAAAUUCGUCCUAAUUUGUCUGUUCCGAUUUUAGUUGAAAAUGAGCACUUGCAAAUUUGGCAAUUACUGACUGCGUUGCUUGCUUUUUUGGAGUUAAAACGCAGCCAUUUACACAUUGUUUAUUAGUGUUCUGAAUAAGCAGAGAAAACCCCGCAACAUUUUAAUGCGAGUUUGUUUGUUAAUAUUUGGGUGCUGUCAUUGGUUCUUUUUUGACAAUUGACGCGCGAAUGGGGCGUGUUAUGAAAAGGGGCGUAUUUCAAAAUACCGGGCGAUGGUUGCAGGCCCACUAUCAAGUUCCCUUGGGCCUGCACGCAGGCUAGUUUUGUAACCGAUAUCUUUCUGACCACUACCAAUACUUAACAUAUAGUUGUUCAUGUCCGAAGUUGUGUGAAUGUGAUGUAUGAUUUGUCCUUCAUGCAAAAUAUAAACAGUUUUACAUUUUUAUUCAUUCUGCAGGAAAAUGAGCUGAACGAAGUAUUAAAAAAGAAAGAGGACAUUGACACUCAGUGUAAUAACUACAAAUCAUUAUUAGGAUCAACGGUAUGUCGCCAGUGAAUAUGCAUGCUUUAUAAUUAAUCCAUGAACUAAGCUAAACUUCUAAAGCUCUUGCUCAGAUUUUCUGCCCAUUCUGCUGUCAAAUUAAUCCACGCGGCGCACGCAAAGGCAGCGCAAACCAUAUAACAACACAUAGCGCCUAGGUACGAGGCUGUCUAUUCUGCACAUUUUUCAUUUUUAUGAAAAACUGAAUACCGCAAUUUUUCUUUCCCUCAUCCUGUUUCUAGCUACGGCACUUCCUAAAUAAACAUCAUCCUGUAUCCGACUGCAAAACCUUUUGUGCCCCCGCUCUUAGCCACAAUGAUUAAAAUAAUAGAGUAGUGGCCUGAAUUACAUUUUGCAAAUUUGUAAUGUGAUGACUAUUGCUCCUUAUGAGUGGCUUUUAUAGCAGCUUUCACGCUGUCAGUGUCAGAGUUGAGCAAAAACCAAGCUAAACUAAACUUUAUUUAUACUGGAUAUCUCUAUCAGUUCUAAAUCACUUCUGAUAUACUAUAUUUAACACACGUUAUAUUUAAUUCUAUAUUUGUAGGAGAAUAUGCUUCAUGAACUUGAAGACAAUGUAGAAAAAGAAAUAGCGACUUUGAAAAAAACAGUUGAAAGCAAAGAUGCGGAACUUGAAAAGGUUCGUCUACCGUCGUUUGCAUCGUAGCAUGAACAGUCGCAGAACAUACUGUCUAUUCUCACGUUAAACUUUCAUGUUCGGAACGUGCAUUUGAAAGUGUCAUUUAUAUACGUAAAGACGCUCAACUUGUAACAAGCCUGCAGCAGACCUGUAGCAAUGCUGUUUCAACAACUUGUCAUGAGGAUGAGUUCACACUGCUUGUUCCCAGCUUGAUAACUUGCUACAAGGUUGUUGAUCCAGUAUACUUGUUACAAGCUGCAGCAAAAAUUACCUUCGUGUGACAUACAUUAGCCUCAACUAUUGGCCAGUAACUUCCUGACGAAUCUACAUGUGAAUUUCAAUCAACUUUGUCUUGAUUUCUGUAGAAAAAUUCAACACUUAGUGACUUCGAAGAUAAACUAGAAAAAGCCUCAGACGAUGUGAAGUCGAAAGAUGAGGAAAUUGCGUCAUUGAAACAAGAGCUGUCAAGUAAAGCAAGCUUGGGUGAUAAAGAAUCUGAGUUGAAAAAGGUUCGCAUUAAUUAACUGCAGAGACUGUAUUGAUUAUUGUCUAAUUUUUUGAAAUAUUUCCUAUGUGGUAAUCCCUCAUUUGUUUUUCUUGCAGAUGACUUUAACUGUGACGGAGUUAGAAGAAAAUUUAAGAAAAACAGACGAAGACGCCAAGUCGAAGGACGCCAAAAUUACUUCUUUAGAAAAAGACGUGUCGAACAAAGACUCUGAUUUGAAAAAGGUUUGUGCAUGCACAAAGGUUUACUCAUAAUUAUGGUUGGUCUGACAUAUUGUGAUUUGUGAGACUAAGUUUGGAGAAUUCUAUUGCUCUCUGGCUAAUGCAUAACAUCUAAAACUUAAAAGGAAACGCAAUUCACAAUGUAUUUUAAGUUAACAAUAGUGGCACUAAAAAAAUUUCAGACACGAACCCACAAUCGUCAAAAAGAAAUUUACUUUUGCAGGCGAAUACCUCUGUCGCUGAAUUAAAAGAAAGCGCGCAAAAAGCAAACGACGAUUCAAAAUCGAAGGAAAGCAAAAUAAAUUCUCUUCAACUUGAGCUAUCUACGCUGAAAAAAGCAGCAGCGAUGUCGAGCGCUGAAUCCAAAAACGACCUCAAAAAACUUUCCGCCGAGGUUGAACGCCUCAAAGAGGAAGAGAAAUCUCUCCGAGACGAGCUGGACGCGACUAAAAACGAAGCCAAAUUACGCGCGGAGGAGGAUAAGUCUCCCGACCUUGAGAAAUAUAAAAACCAAGCAAUCGACGCUGCCAAAGUGAAUACGGCGUUAAGAAAAGAGCUGGAAGAAGUGCGAAUGCAAAAUGGUGGUUCAAAAAGUCCUAAGAAGAAUGAUAAAGAAAACGAUGCAAAAAUAAAGGUAUAGUAUACAUACGUAAAAACACACAAAUUAAUUGUUACAGGUCUGCAAGUCUGUUCACAAGCUGUCGACAAGUUGUGUUCGUACUGCUUGUUCCCAGUUGUUUUAACAAGUUUGGAACAAGCUGUUAACAACUUGUAACAAGCUUGAUGGCAUUAUCAGACUUGUCACACAAGGUUGUUCUAACAAGUCUGAUACAGUCAUGAUAUAACAAGAAUGUUAAAAGGUUGACGACACAAGUUGUAACAAUAUUGUUAUAUCAUGACUGUAUCGGACUUGUUAGAACAACCUUGCAAAGUGUCUGAUAAUAUCAACAAGGUUGCUACAACUGUUAAGUUGUUCUAUUUUUCUUGACACCUUGGGACAAGGAGUGCGAACACAACUUGAUGACGGCUUGUUAGCAGACUUGCUACAAGAUAUGAGAUUUUUCCGUGUGUAGUCGAUAACAAAGCCAAUCAAGAUAUGUAAUUGAUGAAUCAAGUCGUUGUAAAUAAUUUUGUGUAACGUUGUUUUAAACUGUGUUUGUCCACGUUUCAUCACCAGAUCUUUCCUUAGUUUAUCUUCUACGCUGUUCACGCGAAACACUCUCCUUAAAUUUUCUAUUACUUCUAUUAUUGCCAAAGGCUCUUGAAGAGAAGUUAGCGCUGGCUACAAAGAAGGAAAGCGAGUUGCAAGCAAAGAUUGCUCAUUUAGAAGACUCGGCGUCCACCGCCUCACUUGAUGAGGUAAGGAAAUUGAUGGCUCUCUAAAUUUUAAACUCUCCCUAAACAAACAAGGCAGUUCUGCCCCUCUUCUUCUACUCUAAUCCCAUUUCGAACCCCAUUUGCCCCUCCUUCCUCCCACUAUCCUUAUACUUGUAAUUACAUAUUCAUGUAAGUAGUCGUGAUUGAAUCAUAGAGAUUGAAUCAACGAGACGUUAGUUCUAAAGAAAUCUUUUUAAAAUUCACUUUGUUUACCGAGAAUCGAAUCGAAUCUGGUAUGUACUGCAUACCUGUUCUGUAGGAAUCUAGUUCCUUCAACAACUGAAUUGUAUUAUUUAGGAUACCUCCUCACCUGACGCGAAGGACAAGAAGAAAAAGGGUGGUCUGAAGGGUUUCUCUUUGAUGGGCUCAAAAUCGUCCAAGGUAUGGCAUGACUUCGAGCUACAAUCCAGAUCAAAAACCUUGGCUCACGGUGAAGCAUAAAUCACAAAUUUGGUUUUGCAGAAUUAGAUUACUAUAACCCCCCCCCCUUGCCCUCCACUUCAAUGUUCAGUUUCGUCCCACUACUUUUGCUAAUGUGUAGCCAACGUUGUAUGGGGUAAACGGGGGGUUAACCCAUUCGCCUGUGAAAUUAUUUGUUAAUAUAAAGACUCAUUACUAUGUGAAUGAGCAUAAUGGUGGUUAAAUCUGGGAAGCAGUUUUUUGACCAGGAUUGUAGCUUUAAGGUAAAAUAUAUAGUAGUAAAAUUUCCAAUUUGCAGAAGAUUGAGAUUUUUAACAACAUGUAAGACGAAAAUGAUUUCUUAUGUUUAGUACGAAACAAAAUAUCGAGAUAUGACGGAGAAAUAUGAACAAGUGAAAUCGGAAAACGACGAAAAAUCGUCAAAGAUAACUGAGGUAAAACAGUGAGUUACAAACGUCUUUAUAACAGGGUGCGAUAAUUUUUAAGAUUUUUAUCCGUACUUGACUGGUACUGUGAUGACUAUUGCCAAUAGGUGUACUUAGUCUUUAAAAUGAAGUACAUAAAGUUCAGGUUUUUGAAAGGUGUUCAGUAAUCUGAAACUACAAGUUUAUAGAUCAAAGCACAAUUGCAUUUACAAACACUACAAUCCACACCAACAUUCUUUAGUCCCAUCAGUCCAGUGUGUUUCAUAACAGACUUAAGCCGGUUUUCCACUUCGCUCGUAUCGUACCGAAACGUACUGGUGAGCAUGCGCAGAUUGAAAAGAGGUUUGUAAAUCCACGUACUUCCGGGUGUAUUCGCGUAUCAAAAUGAAAUGUUCGUCGCAAGUCAACUUUUUGGCGUAUUACGGUACGCUUGAAGUGGAAACCGGCUUUAUGCAUAUACGACUUAAUUACGGUUUUGAAUACCUUGGGCAUGUAUACCUUUGGCUGUUUAGCAAGUACGCAGAUAGCAAGAGUACUGUGUACUUACGUGGUACUUGUCUGGAAAAGAAGUACCAGGCCGUAAUUGAGGCGUUCAUCCUCUUCAUGGCAACUUUGUUUAAUUUUACAGCUUCAAGCAAAGUUAGAUGACUCUGAAAAAGCUUUAGAAAAACAGGAGCAGAAAGUGAAAGAGUUAAAGGUUCAUAUAUUGUUCGUUGUUAGCAAAAAUUUGUCCUUAAAAAAUCUUAAAAAGAAAUAUAACAUUAAUAUACUAUAAUUAUUUUUGCAAUUUCCAGGCUCAAGUCGGUCUAUCAAACGGAGGUGUACAGGUUUGUAUUCAAUGAUGAUGUAAAAUGGUUUAAGGCCAGGCUAUACGAGACAAUUUUUAUUGAAAAUUUCAACACAACAGAGAGACUCGGAUUUGACGUCCACUAUUCUCAACCUCUCACUGGCUUAGUGUGAUCUAAUUGGUUACAGUCAAACUACAAGAACCUUCCCACUUCAGCCUUUGUAGUUUGUUGGCAUUUUCUGUAAUUUGUUCUGUAUUACUCUGUAACCGUUACCGAAUUAUGACAAAUAACGAAAAAUGCAUCUUUCGCUAAAAAUUAUCAUAAAAUUUUUGUCAUCAUUGGUAAUCGCUACAAAAAACAAUAUACAGAAAAUUGCAACAGACUGCGGAAGUGGGAAGGUUCUUGUAUUUUCACUGUAAUCGGGUGCAUCUGUUUGGUUAGUGGAAGUCAAAGCUGAAUUCUCUAAUAGACAACUUGCAUGUUAGACUAAUUUUUUAUCUAGGAAAAAAAAGUAAAUUCCCGUAAAGAACUUAUUAAAAUUGCAAAAUUUGGAUACGAAAUGUUGUAAAAUACGGAAAAUAUAGCCUUGCGAAGUUUGCGUAUUUUGUAUAUAUGUUUGUAUUACGUGCGGAAAUUUUGUUACUAUUUUUGAGCCCAAAAUAGUAACAAUUUCCGCACGUAAUACAAACAUAUACAAAAUUUGCAAACUUUGCAAGACUAAUUUUCCAAGCACACAACAUUUCGCAACCCAAUUUUACAAUUUUACUAAUUUCAUUAUGUUCCUUUUAGCUUUGGUGUUUGAUUCCCUUCUCUUUACUUAGAUUAAAAUUUAGUCUAACAUGCAAGUUGUCCAUUUCUCACACUCAACUAUGGGUUAUAUCCCCAUGUUUCGCCCACAAUAAAAUACAGUAGGAUAGGGUUGUGUUUGGGCUCAAAGAGAAAUAUGUUCAUGGACGAAACGUGAGGAUAUUACCAAUUAAUCAAUUAUGUUAUGUUUAAACCAUUAAGCUGCGCCCUACUUUAUUGUUUUACUCUAACGCCAGAGCGAGGGGAGAGUCUUGCGCAUUAACGGUUAAAGACAAAUUGUGUACAUGGCCCCCAAAUGAAUCAUGUCUAAGACAAACGUCGGGAUUGUAUUUCGAAUUAGUACGAAAAGUCGGAACUACGGUUGUUUACGUAUUAAAAUUAACAUACACAAGAUAUAAUCACAUGAAACAUCCAUGUCUUUCAAAGGCACUUAACAGGUUUAAAUAUGGCCAGCCAAUCCUGUUUUUAACUUUAACUGAUUGCUUGGACUAAUUGAAAACACUCAUUGCAAACAUUAAAGUGCAUAUGACAUGAAUUUUUUCAUUUUCUUAAAUGAAAGAACUCUUUAAGCUGUAGUGUAACUUAUUUUUCAGUUUCUUGUUUUCAAGGUUUGUUCCCAAGAUAUUUCAAUUUGUUUGGUAUGUAAAUGAGUGUGAAUAUGUCCUCUAAUUUAUGACGUCACGUUGGUUGCAAGCUCAACCUACACUGGUUAUAAAUCUAUUAACUCUAAAAACUGUAGAUAUCAGUUUACGUUUUUCUUCAGUAUUUUAUUACAUUUACCAGUGAGUGAAGUUACAAAUUAUCACUUUGGAUGAUAGCAGUGAUAUUCAACCAUUUUGAAGAGCUUGCAACCAACGUGACGUCAUAAACUAGCGGACAUAUUCACACUCAUUUACAUACCAAAGAAAUUGAAAUAUCUCUGGAACAAACCAUGAAAACAAGAAACUGAAAAAUAAGUUACACUACAGCUUAAAGAGUUCUUUCACUUAAGAAAAUAAAAAAAUUCAUGUCAUAUGCACUUUAAAGUGUCUUAAUAUUUGCUGUGAUGGUGUAAUGUACUCAGGUGAAUAUGAUGCUUGUGAUGUUGCUCUGAGUGUAUAUCCACACCGGGCAGGCGUGAAAAAUAUGCCUGGCCACGGUGGGAAUCGAACUUACGACCAUUGGAAUACUAGCUCAAUGCUCUGCCAACUGAGCUACGCGGUCAGGUCGGUUCGAAUUAAAGUGUCUUGUGAGGAUGGACGAACAUCUGCGAGUGUUCAUCGAUGCAAACGACGCUAGUAAAAUUAGAUCUAUAUUCUUUUAAAAUAGAAUACAGGCAAGCCUUUAAAUGAGUCACAAAUGAAACAAAUGGCAGAAGCUAUGAAAGACGUAAGUCCGCUAUAAAAAAUGUAAUAUUAGAAAAACGUCCGCUUCGUUAGUGUCCGCAUCCGCCCGCUGGGGAUCCGUGCCGCCGCAUUUCCCGUGUCUGUAAUUUACAAAUCUUUCUUUUUUCAGGGUGAUCCAGCGGGAGCCGUAUGACCAUGGCCUAUUUUGCCUUAGAAUUGAAUUUUUAAUUAUAUGCAGAGACUAACCAAAACUAACGUAAAUCUAAUGAAUUCAAAAUUAAAGACCGUGUCUUGGCUGGUAAUUUGCUGUGAAUAGCAGAAUUUCCCAUUUAUAAAUGAAUUUAUUUGUCUAUAUAUAGACACGGGACGCAAUAAUAGACAGUAAUUUUGAAUUCUUGAAUGAGAGUGGAGCCUGUUAACUAUAGGUUCAAAUGAGAAACAGAUAGAAAUCCAGGGAUAUUUACAAGCACAUUUUAUAAUGCAGGUUUUCACGAGGUUAAUGGGAAAUUGCAAAGUAUCUUUGUGUUGUAGAAAAAAUUUCAUCUUUAUCAACAGUUUCUCUGUCAAAAUUGCCGCUAUAUGGUGUCACUGGACGAAUUGCAAAUUAGUUUGCCUUUUUUGCUGCUAAAAUUCAUCUAUUAAUGAUAUGGCAACUUGUACAGUGAGAAAGUCGAUAAAAAUGAGAUUUCUUACUACAAGAUGUGUUAAUUUCUUAGAAUGAUGCAAGUGUUACACAUGCCAAAAAUUAUAUUUGGGGUUUAUCAUUGCUCUUAUGAAUCGUUGAUUUUGAGAACUUGAAUAGUUUUCCAGGCUGUUGGGCAACCGUAAAUAUCCCUGGAUUUGCACAUUUAGGCAAUUACACGGCUAUGGGUCGACUACAUAUUGUUGAGUUUUUAUGCAGCUGUUAAUUGCAUGAGUAGGGGCGUUGUACCGUGCAUUUAUUGUGAAUAAAUGAAUUUAGUGGGGCUCUG